AUGAUCAAGACGUUCAAACUCGACACACGUGCCGAUACAUCGUCGCUCAAGUUUCCCAAAGAGCUUUUCCUGUAUUCAAGGGAUAUCGACGGCCAAUGGCAGACGGACGAUACCGUGGCUAAGGAGGAGGCUCUCUCAUACUACUACUUUCCAGAUUCAUACGUCGACAGAAACUUCAAUCUCGGAGAUGGCGUGAACAAAUUUAAGAAGAUUCCUGAAGAGCAGAAUGUUGCUGAUUUUGCCCCAUUGCUCACGGCGAUCAAGCAGCACGAGCAGCAGACCGGAAAGAAGACCAAAGUCGAUAUUAUCACUUUCAGAGGCAUAAUGACCAAGCUCUUGACUCUUCCGUACGACACGAAAACACCCGUUCAUUUAUACGUCAUCGGCUACGAUGGUCAGCUUUUUAUCAAGGCCGAUACCGAUUACGAGAUCAAGCAGAGAGAUGCAGAGAAGGAACAGCUAACUGCGUCUGAUCCUGAAAAGGCAAAGUACAACGAGACAUGCGAAUACAGUGGAUACAAGUUUGAGGCACUUGCGACAUUGCCCAAACCAUGGGCUCAGUGUUCACGUGCAAUGAUCGAAAAGCGUGGUAAGAAGGCGGUGAACAACUACGAGCAGUAUAUCAGUGUUGUUCGUUCAGGAAUCGGCAAGGUGAAGACGCUUUUAGCUGGAGAAGUCGAUUGUGUCUGGGACUACGUUCCAACCGAAGAGGACGGCAAAAAUGAAACUGUCAAGCAUUACGUGGAGUUGAAGACAUCGGCAAUGGUGGAUCUGCCGCACAAAGCCGUGAACUUCGAACGCAAGCUUUUCAGAACAUGGGCACAGUGCUUCUUGCUUGGCAUUCCCAAGAUAGUGUAUGGAUUCCGUGACCAGAAGCACCUUUUGAAAAACGUGGAAGUUUACAAUACCGAAGAAAUUCCUUUGUUGAUCAAGAACAGUGAGUACCCAAGAGGAACGGUGCAGAAGUUCCACUGUGUUGAUGCGCUCAAAUGGUACGGUGCUGUAUUGGAGUGGCUCACGCAAAGUGUGGAUGCUAAUGAUGAGCUGAAGGCAUACAAGAUUAUUUACGAUCCGGGCUCGAGGACGUUUUCGUUGAAUGAGUGUAUGGGUGACGAGAACAAGAGGUUGAGAAACGGUGAGCUCUUGACGGAAGACUUCAAGGCGUGGAGAGAGCAGUUGAGAUGA